AUGCCGCAGGUCCGCAACCCCAUCCUCCCGGGUUUCAACCCGGACCCGUCCAUCCUCCGAGUCGGGGACGACUAUUACAUCGCCACAUCAACCUUUGAAUGGUACCCUGGCGUGCAGAUCCAUCACUCGCGGGACCUCGCCAACUGGGAGCUGGCGGUGCGGCCGCUGACCCGCAAGAGCCAGCUGGACAUGCGCGGCGACCCCGACAGCUGCGGCAUCUGGGCUCCGUGUCUUACCCACGACGGGGAAAAGUUUUGGCUCGUCUACACCGACGUCAAGCGCAAGGACGGCUCCUUCAAGGACGCGCACAACUACAUUGUCACGGCGCCCGCCAUCGAGGGCCCCUGGUCGGAUCCCAUCUACGUCAACUCGUCCGGCUUCGACCCGUCCCUGUUCCACGACGACGACGGCAAGAAAUGGUUCGUCAACAUGCUCUGGGACCACCGCCGGCGUCCGCAGCUGUUUGAGGGCAUCGUGCUGCAGGAGUUCGACCCCAACGCCGGCAAGCUCGUCGGGCCCCGCAAAAACAUCUUUCCGGGCACCGAACUGGGCCUCGUCGAGGGCCCGCACUUGUACAAGCGCAACGGCUGGUACUACCUCCUCACAGCCGAGGGCGGCACGGGGUACGAGCACGCGUGCACACUCGCCCGGUCGCGCGACGUCUGGGGCCCGUACGAGACGCACCCGCAGAAGUACAUUGUAACGUCCAAGGACCACCCGCACGUAGCCCUGCAGCGCGCCGGCCACGGCGAUAUCGUCGACACGCCCGACGGCAGGACCUAUCUGGUGCACCUGACCGGCCGCCCGACGACGCAGCUCCGGCGCUGCGUGCUGGGCCGCGAAACAGCGAUUCAAGAAGCCUACUGGGGCGACGACGACUGGCUGUACGUGAAAAACGGGCCCGUGCCGAGUUUGUUCGUCGACUUACCCGCGGCGCGCAACGAGGAUGCCUACUGGGCCGAGCAGCGGUACACAUUUGAGAACGGGCUGCACAAGGACUUCCAGUGGCUGCGCACCCCGGAAACGGAGCGCAUAUUUAACACCGAGGGCGGGAAGCUGACGCUCAUUGGGCGCGAGGCGAUCGGGUCGUGGUUCGAGCAGGCCCUGGUUGCGCGGCGGCAGACGCAUUUCUCGUGCGAUGCCGAGACGGUCAUUGAUUUUUCGCCUGAGGACGAGCGCCAGUUUGCGGGUCUGACGGCGUACUAUAGUCGGUAUAAUUUCUUUUAUUUGACGGUUACGGCGCACUCGGACGGGCAGCGCGAGCUGCUCAUCAUGGCGUCUGAGGCGUCCUGGCCUCUCGGGGGGCUUCGCUUCCCGUUCGGAGCUGGCAAUGACGCGCCAGUGCAGAUCCCGAACGAGGGUAAAGUCCGGUUGGCUUUGACGAUCCGGGGCAGGGAGCUGCAGUUUUACUAUGCGCUGGAGGGAGAGGAGUUGAAGAAGGUGGGGCCGGUCCUCGAUGCGAGCAUCGUCUCGGACGAAUGCGGCGGCCACCAGGUCCAUGGCAGCUUCACGGGCGCCUUUGUCGGCGUUGCCGCGUCGGACCUGAACGGGCUGGCCGCCAAGGCGACGUUUGAUUAUUUCCUGUACCGCCCGGUGAAGCAUCACACUGACCGGUACGAGAUUUGA